UUAGGUGUAAAUGCAUUUUCUCAUACUAAAUAUGAAAAGACACGUUUUCCUUUUGUAACGGCAACGAAGAUUCUUUCUUUUUCUCCCAUUUUCAUCAAAACCCCCAAUUUCCUCAAUUAGGGUUCAUUCCAUUUUCAAUUCCCAAAUCUCUCAAAUUCCUCCACAUUCUCUUCCGAAUCUCCCUUCAUUGAGUCCCCCGAUUCGCCCGGCGAGCCUCCGUAGCUCGCUCAUCCCCCAAGGACUCAUGGCGAAAUUCUCCGACCAAAUCUUUCAUCUCCGAUCAGGGAAAUUCACCUCCGUCAUUCUCACCUUCUUCGCUUUCUGUAUCAUCUUUCCCAUCUUUACAACGGCAGAACAUGAUCACGAAGAAUCAUCCGUUCUCCUAUUACCGUCGGCCACCGCCGGCGAAGAACAAAGUAUGUGUUCCGGAACAACGCCGACAUCGUGUCCGGCGAAAUGCUUCCGUACGGAUCCGGUAUGCGGUGCUGAUGGGAUUACAUACUGGUGCGGUUGCUCCGAAGCCGCGUGCGCCGGAGCUAAAGUUGCUAAGUUGGGUUUCUGUGAAGUAGGGAAUGGUGGAUCCGCGAAUUUUCCUGGUCAGGCUUUACUUUUGGUUCACAUUGUAUGGCUCAUCGUGUUAGGGUUUUCUGUAUUGUUCGGGUUUUUUUAGUUUCGCUGCCGGGAGAUUCUGUAAUUAUGAGGAUGUUGUUGUGUGUUUGUCUAAUCUUCUGGGUUUGGGUUUUGGUAACAUGACAAUUCUUUUUCUCAAUUUUUAUUAUUUGGGUGUUGUAAGGGGAUUUGGGAGAUGUGUAUUUUUGUUUAUACUGUAAUUGUAAUAGAUCAUUUGAUCAUUUGACCAAUUCUUAUACUUGAUGUAUACAUCUUUAUGAGCUGAAGUUACCAAAUUUGUUAUUGAAUUCAAUUCAUGCACUUUUCAUGCAAUAAAUUUGUUUCUAUA